AAAAGUGCAAUCUGGAACGCACAGAAUAUUAUGGCUGAGUACGGGGCUCAUAUCACAACUGCUUCUGUGGCGGAUGACCAGCCAUCCAUCUUUGAGGUGGUUGCACAAGACAGUUUAAUGACAGCAGUGAGACCUGCUCUUCAGCAUGUGGUCAAGGUUCUUGCAGAAUCAAAUCCUGCCCACUGGGGCUUCCUUUGGAGGUGGUUUGAUGAAAUCUUUACUCUGCUAGAUCUUCUGCUUCAGCAGCAUUAUCUGUCUAAAACCAGUGCCUCGUUUUCUGAAAACUUCUAUGGUUUAAAGCGGAUAGUAAUGGGGGACUCUCCCAGGUUCCAGACAUUGGCCAGUGCUGGUCUCCCCACAAAGCACCUCUGGAAAUCAAUUAUGUUUCUGGUUCUUCUUCCCUAUCUGAAAGUGAAGCUGGAGAAGCUGGUUUCUAGCUUGAGAGAAGAGGAUGAAUAUUCUAUUCACCCCCCUUCUUCCCACUGGAAACGAUUUUACAGAGCCUUUCUGGCAGCCUACCCGUUUGUUAACAUGGCCUGGGAAGGCUGGUUUCUAGUACAGCAACUCCGGUACAUUCUAGGAAAAGCUCAGCACCAUUCACCUCUACUGAGACUGGCUGGAGUUCGACUAAGUCGGCUGACAGUUCAAGAUAUACGAGCUCUGGAGCAGAGACCUGAAGCCAGUUUGAUGCAACCAGCCAGAAGUAUUAGUGAGAAGAUAAAGUCAGCUCUGAAGAAAAGUGUGGGAGGUGUUGCCAUUUCCCUCUCUACUGGCCUUUCUGUGGGUGUAUUCUUCCUACAGUUCCUUGACUGGUGGUACUCGUCUGAAAAUCAAGAAACGAUCAAAUCAUUGACUGCCCUGCCUACUCCACCACCACCUGUACACCUAGAUUACAACUCUGAUUCUCCUUUGUUACCCAAAAUGAAGACUGUGUGCCCGCUGUGUCGGAAAACCCGGGUGAAUGAUACUGUUCUCGCCACCUCUGGUUAUGUGUUUUGCUAUCGUUGUGUGUUUAAUUAUGUGAGGAGUCACCAAGCUUGUCCCAUCACAGGUUACCCAACAGAAGUACAACAUCUAAUUAAACUAUACUCCCCUGAGAACUGAAUGAGAUUAGCAUAUUAUCUCACAACUUAAAUAUUGCACUGUAAGGCCACAGGGCUAUUUUUUAGCGCAGUACAGAGCACUGCCAUCUCUCUGCCCUAAUUCAUAUAGAUAUUAACUCUGAACAACAAUAUAGAUAUCUUUAAAAGGAUAUACCUAUUUGAUCCUUACAUUUUAGCCUGUUCUCUAGAGCCCUAUUUACAGCUGACCAUGCUGGUUAAAGUAAGAACAUCAAAACUGUAGAGGAUGUGAGCACAGAAGGAGGUGGAUAAAAAAGAGUAACUAGUACGGAAGCUUUCCUUGUUUUUUUUUCCUUAGGGAAUAAACGGUAUAGAAGCUUCCAGGAAAACCCCAGCUUACAUCUCAUAAAAUGGUGGUGAGGGGAAGCAGGCCUCCUCUUUAGAAAAGGAUUUAUUUGCCUAUGAGGUUUUAUCAGUUCACAAUGUGAAACACAGACCUAUUCUUUACAGACACUUGAACAUGUGACCCACUUGUUCAGUGACAUCUGCUGCAGUUUUUCAACAUUUGAAGAUGAGCCAUACAUAUCUGAGGAAGCUAGUUAAAGGAAAAUGGAGGAUGUUUAGAGAGGGUAGUCUGAAAAUUUUAGUGACACAACAAAGCUAACAAGCAGUGAAGAGAUAAGUGAAAUACUUACCUAGUUUUAAUGAAAGGACCUUUUAAUAAGCUCUUUCUGCUUACUCUUAAUUGCUUGCUCAAAUGGCAUGAAUUAUCCUGGUUGUUACUAAAGUUUCUGUGAAACAAAUCUUAAGAGUAGAUCACAAAGAACUGUCAUGAUUAUAUGGAAACAAAUCUUACUUGAGGCAUUUAAAAUAAAUUUCCAUACAAAUCACC